AUGGAAUGCGUGAGUUCGAACAAUGAUCAUCAGAAGGAUAUUUUGGAUUUUCCGUUAUUUCAUUCUACACCUUCGCUUGCUCGUUCAAAACAACCGAUGCGUCCCGUUGAUUUUCCUUCAAUACAAAAACAUUAUGGUAUUGUUACUUUCUUCGAUCGUCAAAUGCCGAUUAUCUAUAGAUUGAUUAACAAUAGUUUUUAUAUUCCUUAUAUUCAUUUUUGUUAUGUUCUCAAUAUUUUCGAGCAUCCUUCAUAUAAAAACUGUUUUGUUGAUAUUCGAAAUUUACCAGUGAUCGAAAUGACAACUACAGAGAAAGUUUAUUACGAUGAAUUAUCUUCGUUAAAUAAUUGUUCAGAUUGGUCAAAUUAUCAAUUAUUAAGUGUAUCAGUGCUUGAUGGUGUUUUGUCUAUUGUAAAUCUUACGAAAAAUUUGAAUUUUAAAACUAGUAAUCAAGCUAUUGAACUUGGUAAUGAAUGGCAAGAAACAUUGAAUAGAAUACGUAAAGAAGCACGUGAUCGAUGGAUGUUAGAUGAGAAAAUAGUUUUAACUCGAGUAACAGAAAAAGAAAAUACAGACUCAACAUGCAUUGUAUCAACAAAUAUGGCACAGCGAAGAUCAAUUUUUGAAGAGCGUUUGGAUCAUUUAAUCAUUGAUGAAGCCGGAGGUUUUGUUCAAAUUGAUUCAUUUAUUUAUCCAUUUAUUAAAAAUCGAGCAAACAAUCAACUGUAUAUUAAUCUUGAUGAUAUUCGACAGAAUUUUAUGCUGCCAACAACAGAUAUGGUUUCCUACAGUGAUAGAAAUUCUCCCAUGUAUCAUACUUACAGUGUAGUUCUUGAACAAGCACAGUCAAAUUACGAAUGGAAUGUAAUUCGUCGUGGUCCUAAUCACGAUUUGUCAAAAGUUUUGUCUUUUGCAAAAAAGAUGAGUGAAAAAUUAAAUGAAGAAAUACCGUUUCUUCCACUUGAAAUUUUGCUUCAUCUUUUUUUGAAUAAGAAUUCAAAUGUGAACUUAAGAUUCGUUCAAUUGUUUGAAACGUCUUCAUUAAAUGAAAUUGAUUUAAAUUACAAGAAUAAUGUAGGUCGACAAUUUAUAACGGGAAUCAAACGUCAAGGUGGACUUGUUAAUGGUAAUAUUCCUUGUCUGAUUUUUUCACAAUUUGAUCGUCGAAUUGUAUGGAUUCCAAGUGAAACGAAAACCGACCGAAUAAUGACAAAUGAUGAACGACUUUAUCUUAAUAUGAUUCUUAUCUAUCACGGCUGUUGGAAAGAUAUCUUAACGAAAAAGAAACAAUGGUUUUUAAAAGAAAUUGAUAGAAAUGAUAAAGAAAAUAUUAAUAUUCAACUAUUCUUUGCUACUGGAUGA